AUGGCGCUGGAGCGGGCGCUGCUGGCGGCGCGGCAAGGCGACGUGGAGGCACUGCGAGGGCUGCGGGCAGCCGGGCUGCUGCGGCCGGGGCUGCGGGACGCCUUGGGCGCCUCCCCCGCGCACCACGCCGCCCGCGCCGGCCGCCUCGCCUGCCUCCGGUACCUGGCGGCCGAGGCCGCGCUCCGUGGGGACGCGCGGGCGCGCAACGGAGCCACGCCGGCCCACGACGCCGCCGCCACCGGCAACCUCGCCUGUCUCCAGUGGCUGCUCACGCAGGGGGGCUGCGGCGUGCAGGACACAGACAACUCCGGUGCCACCAUCCUACACCUGGCAGCCCGCUUUGGUCACCACGAGGUGAUCGACUGGCUCCUCCGCUUUGGAGGCAGUGACCCCACGGUGGCCACCAACACGGGAGCGCUGCCCGUCCACUAUGCUGCGGCCAAAGGGGAUUUCCCUUCCCUGCGACUCCUCCUGGGACACUGCCCCAGCACGCUGAGUGCCCAGACCAAGACGGGGGCCACCCCGCUGUACCUCGCCUGCCAGGAGGGCCACCUGGAGAUCAUCCAGUACCUGGUGCAGGACUGCGGGGCUGACCCCCACGCGCGCGCCCACGACGGCAUGACCCCGCUGCACGCUGCCGCACAGAUGGGCCACAACACCGUCAUUGUGUGGCUGAUGAGUUUCACGACGGUGAGCCUGUCGGAGCGGGACGCCGAGGGGGCCACAGCCAUGCACUUUGCUGCCAGCCGUGGUCAUGCCAAGGUGCUGAGCUGGCUGCUGCUGCACGGCGGGGAGAUCACCGCCGACGGCUGGGGCGGCACGCCGCUGCACGACGCUGCCGAGAACGGCGAGCUGGAGUGUUGCCAGAUCCUGGUGGUGAACGGUGCCGACCUCAGUGUCCGCGACCAGGACGGCUACACAGCUGCUGACCUCGCUGACUACAAUGGCCACAGCCACUGUGCCCAGUACCUGCGCACCGUGGAGAACAUGAGCGUGGAGCAUCGUGUGCUGUCACGAGACCCCUCGGCGGAUGGGGAGUGCCGGCAGCCAGACUCGGGCAUGUCAUCACCAAAUACCACGGCAUCAGCACCCCAGGCGCGCUUCGAGGUGGGCUCCCCUGCCAGCACCCUCUCCAAUUAUGACUCCUGCCACUCCAGUCAGUCCACCUGCCCUGACCCCCUGCCCUGCACAGGGGUGCCUGAGCCGGCGCUGGCAGACAUGCAGGCGUACAUGGACAUGCUGGACCCCGAGACGCGUCCACGGGGCCGGGGGCCAGCAGGCGAGGGCCCCCCUCCACCUCCCACCUUCCCUCCACCGCCGCCCCCACCCCCCGCUGCCCGGCCGCCCCCGCCGCCCCCCGGCUACCCCGCGCCCCCACCUCCCACCGCCCCCCACACCGCUGACAUCUAUGUACGGGCCAAGAACAACCUGCGGCACGUGGAGAGCCAGGCACUGCGCCGAGAGUUGGCAUCGCGCGAGAGCAGCCCCGAGGGCCUGCGCCGAGCCGACUCCACCAGGAGGUCACGGAAUUUCGGCAAGCAGCCGAGCACCGGUGACUACUACAAGCACCUGGGGCACUGUGUGGCUGAGCAGCCCGGCCCCCGGCGAAUGGCACAUAGUGAGGAGGCAUCGCCCAUCUCGGCAGACACCAUGCGCAACGGGGACAGCAAGCCUGGUGCCGAGCUGCCGCAGCCCCCGCCGCCCCCGCCACUGCCCGAUGCCGCCUGCCCGCCCCCCCCCCCACCUCCCCAGCCGGCCGAGACCCCCGCCGGCGCCCGCCGCUCCUCCUCGUCCACGGGAAGAGGAAAGGCGCUGAGGCAGAUGAAGAGCACCAAGUCCUUCAACAUGAUGUCCCCCACUGGCGACAACUCGGAGCUGCUGGCUGAGAUCAAGGCUGGGAAGAGCCUCAAGCCGACACCGCAGAGCAAAGGCUUCACCACCGUAUUCUCCGGCAGCGGCCAGGCAGGGGCCAAUGCAGAGUCACCGGUGUCCUCCCCAUCACCCACCAGAACGCCCACCCCGCCGGCCACCCCCGAGGCUGUGGGGCCGCCACACUGCCUGGCAGGAGGCUCACCAGAGCCAGUGCUGAACGGGAGCUCGCCAGUGCCAGCAGCAAGCGCUGGGGCGGCAGUGGAGGCGGAGGCGCUGGUGCCGAGCCACGACGAGCAGGGCCGUCCCAUCCCUGAGUGGAAGCGGCAGGUGAUGGUGCGCAAGCUGCAGCUCCGCAUGCAGGAGGAAGAGGAGCAGCGGCGCAAGGAGAAGGAGGAGGAGGCGCGCCUGGCCAGCAUGCCGGCAUGGAGGAGGGACAUCCUGCGCAAGAAGCUGGAGGAGGAGAGGGAGCAGAAACGGAAAGAGCAGGAGAAGCUGAAGCGGGAGGAGGAGGAGAAGGAGAAGGAGCAGUCGGAAAAGCUAAGGACUCUCGGGUACGAUGAGACAAAGCUGGCGCCCUGGCAGCGGCAGAUCAUCCUCAAGAAGGGGGACAUAGCCAAGCACUAGCCACGCCAUGCCGCGCCCCGGCUCUCCGCGGUGGGAUGAGGCCGGCAGGUCCCGCCGCGGGCCGGGACACACCUCGGCAGCCU